CCGGAAGCUGUAGUGACCCGUGUCGCUGCAGUGUUGCGUUUUCCUGUUUACGGGCGGGAAGAGCGAACAUAGCUGACUGGAAGCUACUGUGUUUAAAUUUGCAGCCCAUUUCUUUUAAUUUUCCUCAUGGUGUGUAGGUUUUAAUUGUACACGGGCUAUUGUGAGAUCCGGUGGAUACGUUUUGAGUGGACCGUUGCUGAAAACUAAAGUGUUUUAUAGAGUGCGGGGCAGAUGGAGGAUCCUGCAGAUUCUGGCGGUGGAGGCGGAGGUGCAGCGUCGGAGGGCCCCGCGAUGCAGGUGGCAGAUAUCUGCUGGCCGACCGGGGCUCUCCCUCUACGGCUUCUAGAGUGGAAAGUCAAACCCGGGUCUCUUGUUAACUUGGACUCCGUGCUAGCACUGUGCGCUCCCAUAUCUCAAGAGAAAGGGGCAGAGGUUGCCAGGCUACCAGAGAAAAAGGUGAAAUCGGACCGUGCUGGAGUAGUCAAGGAGCUAUGCUGUCAACUUGGACAAGUUAUACCUCCCGGAGGUGUCAUUGUCCGAGUAGAAGAAUGCAGCCAUCCCAUAGUAAUGAAGGGUUUAUGUGCUGAAUGCGGCCAGGACCUGACUCAGCUGCAGAGCACGAAUGGGAACCAGCAAAUUCCUAUCUCCACAGCAACCGUCUCCAUGGUGCACAGUGUCCCUGAGCUGAUGGUCAGCUCCGAGCAAGCAGAACAGCUGGGCAGAGAAGACCAGCAGAGACUCCACAGGAACAGAAAGCUGGUCCUGAUGGUGGACCUGGACCAAACGCUGAUCCACACCACUGAACAGCACUGCCAGCGUAUGUCCAAUAAGGGCAUUUUCCACUUCCAGCUCGGGCGAGGAGAGCCUAUGCUCCACACACGACUGCGCCCACACUGCAAGGCUUUCCUGGAGAAAAUCGCCAAACUCUAUGAGUUGCAUGUCUUCACCUUCGGGAGCCGCCUUUACGCGCACACCAUCGCUGGCUUUCUGGAUCCUGAAAAGAAGCUUUUCUCUCACCGGAUCCUUUCCAGAGAUGAAUGCAUCGACCCUUUCUCCAAGACGGGGAAUCUUAGGAAUCUUUUCCCCUGCGGUGACUCCAUGGUCUCCAUAAUUGACGACAGAGAGGAUGUGUGGAAGUUUGCACCCAAUCUCAUCACUGUGAAGAAAUACAUCUACUUCCAGGGCACAGGGGACAUCAACGCGCCCCCUGGAUCACGGGAAGCUCAGAUGGCAAAGAAAGCAGGAGGCCCGUCCAGUCGGCCAGCGGAGAGCACCGAACCGGGAGGAACACUCUGCGCCGAUGAGCAAAAUAACGGGCUCAGUAAAAGGCCCAAAGACCAGAACCCUUCUGGAAUCGAAGAGACCACAACAUCUCAGUCGUCUCAGGAAGUACCGACAAAUGAACGGACACAUCCCACAGGGGUUGUGGAGGAUGAGUCGGGACGAGGCAAAGGAAAGUCCGAAGCUCAGGUGGGAGAUAGAACAAAUGCUAAGGAAGAUGAUAGCAACAGGACACUGGUGACACAUGAGGCGCAGGACAGUGCCAACUCAUCGGCGCCAAGCCAUGGGUCCAAUAACUUGGACUUUGACCUUUCCAGUGACAGUGACAAUGACUCCAUCACAGAAAAGCCCCCCUCAUCAGUGAGUGAUAGCGAGGCCAAGUCUUGCCAGGCAAAGAACUCCGGGCAGGAAGGAGUCACGCAAGAGCCUGGGGACGGGGCAAGGGAAGGGGACAGUAAAGGCGGGAGUGAAGCAGAAACCAGUUUAGACCCAGCAGAACCUUCAGGAGUUCUUCUCCCAGACCCCGAGCUGGGAAAUGGCUGUUCAGAUAGGAGAGAGCCAGAAACUGAGUCCCAGAACAGUGAACAGUCUGGGGUGACCAUGGGCGAGGAGCUGCUGGACCAGAGCAUGGAGGACGAGGAGGACGAGGAAGAGGAAGAAGAAGCUGAUAUCGACCAGGACGAUCACCUGAUCUACCUGGAGGAAGUUCUGGAAAGGAUCCACGCCGAGUACUACGCACGAUACGCGGCCUAUCUGAGGAAGGAGACCUCGGAAACACCGGACAUUCGCAAGAUUGCCCCGGAGCUGAAAAGCAAGACGCUGGAGGGCACGACGAUAGUGUUCAGUGGCCUGUACCCGACCAACUACCCCAUGGAGAGAACCCGUGAGUUCUACCAUGCCAAAGCACUGGGGGCCAAGAUUAGCAAGAACCUGGUUCUUAGCUCCCAAGAUCCCAGUCGGACAACGCAUCUCAUCGCAGCUAGAACUGGGACCGAGAAGGUCCGUCAGGCCCAAGGCUGCAAGCACCUCUAUGUUGUCAACCCAGACUGGCUGUGGAGCUGUCUGGAGCGCUGGGAGAGGGUGGAGGAGCAGCUGUACCCCCUAAAGGAGGACUAUUCCAAGACGCCAAGGAGUAACAGUCCAGCAGCAUUACCUGACAUUCAGGGUCCCCUGCAGAAGCAUAUUUUCCACCCAGCUCCCAUCCAGCCCAGACCUCAACCUGCAGCCCCGGAGGUUCGGACCUACGACCCCGUCACAGGGAAGCUGAUCCGCAGGGGCCCUCAGGCGCCUCGGGCCCCGUCCUACCUCCAGGCGUCGGGGUCUAUGAUGCUCUCUGAUCACAGAGAGCAGUCUUGUCUCAGGGGAACUUCACAGAGUCAGCAAGACGACGCAGCGGGGUCCAGCCAAGACGAGGAGCAGCCGGGGCCGUCUCGUCGGAAGCGGCAGCCGAGCAUGUCGGAGAGUAUGCCUCUGUACAUGCUCUGCAAGGAGGACCUGGACAGCAUGGACAGAGAGGUGGAUGACAUGUUAGGCGAGGAGAGCGACAACGAAAGUGAGGGCCGGGGCAAGGAGAAGCCAGGGAAUGAGGAGGCGGAGGACGAAGAGGAGGAGCAGCAGCAGCAGCAGCGGCGGCGGCAGCAGCCGGGAGAUGGACAGAUAGCAGAAGGAAGGCUCGGUCCUCAGGCCGUGAGCUCGGAAGAGACCACCCAGACCCCAUCCAGGGAGGCCAGUGGGCCGGCUAGUGUGCCAAGAGGCCACAAACGUAAGCACGAUGAAGCUAAGGAGGAGGCGGAGGAGGCGGAGGAGUCUGCCGACGAGUCUUCCAAAGACUCCAACGAGGAAGGAGGAGGAAGCAGCUCCGAGGCGGACGAGAUGGCCGCCGCCUUGGAGUUGGAGCUCAAUGACUUUAUGUGACGUGGAAAACGAAGGGACUCAGUCACAGGGAAAGGACAACAAAAAAUCCCCCCCCGCCGCCUCUGAAGUGGUAACUAAAAAUCCUAUUUUUCUGCUUUGGAAUCUGUGUGUACUUAGGAUGUAUGAGCAAUGAAUGUGUGCUGUAAUAAAAAUGAAUGUCCUGUACAGAAAUAACGUGUUGCUGUGUAAAUAAAAGGCUUAGAUUUUUUGUUUUUGUAGCAUUGAUAUAUGGCCUUUUUGUCAACAAACCAUUUCAUGUUAACAUUUUAUUGUAAGAUAAACCGUAGGAGACGUGACAUUUGAUACUUUUUGUUUUCCUUUUCCUUUUUUUCUAUUUCAAUUUUUAUAUUGAUGAGAAAAAGAUAAAUGAAAUUCUAAAGCUUAGAUUUUCCUGGUCUUACAUGCCAAAGAGUUUUGGAAUAGGUUUGCCAAGGGCGUGCAGCUAAAUAUUUUACUCUGGACUUCCAGUUUUACUUUUUCUUUUGGCCUCCUCGACACGUUGUUGGGGUCAUAAAUGCAACCAGCGGAUCUAGACGUUUGAAUGUGUUUUUACUGAGUCAUUUCUUCCUAUUCGUGGUGUUUGUACAUUUGAUAACAUAAUGGUAAGGUAAGCUUCUCAGUCGUUGUGAACCGUGAACAGAGUCUUCUCAACUCCCAAGCUGUGUCCAUUUUCAUGUGUUUUAUAAGCUCACCUUUCCCUUGGACAACCCGUCUCUAUUGGUCCAGUUCAGAAGGACUAAGCCGUUGCUUACUGUGUGUACACUGGAGCUCGUUGCCUCAGAGGGUAAGUGGCAGGCAUCUUUUUUCACCUCCCUUUAGUGUUAUGGAAAUGCAGAUAGUUUUGGGUUAUUUUUCUGCCCAAGUUUUUCUGGUCUGCAGCUCUUCGGCUUCUCCCUCCACUCCAGUGCAAUGGUACAGAGUAACCCGGGGUUUGUUAUGGUAGAAACACUUAAAUUAAUGGAUGCUUCAGAGACGUGUCCACGCUUUGCUUAAGGUUCCGGAAAUGUUGUGGUUUAGUUUUAAUGUUAAUGAACACACUGCGUCUUGUGUUCCCAGCUUCAAACUUCAGAGUUUUUCUGUGUUAAACUAAGAUCUUUCCCUAACCUUAACCAAAGUCCUUUUAAAAAAACGUGGAAGUCCCAACAAACAGAUAUUAUACUGCAAGAUUGGAUAUAUAAAUACAGCCAAAUGGUCAUUUUGUUAAUGGACAAAAAAAAUGACAUAUUUGCCUUAACAAAUUAGUUGUAAAGAAAACAUAUUUUCUAGGUGUUGGAAUGUACAUAUUCCAGAAAUUGUAGUGGGAGGUUUAGACCAAAAACAUCCCUGUUUAUAAAGAAAUGAAGAAAAAAAAUGCAAGGAGUUGCAUGGAGUUUCCUCUGGAAAUUUAGCCCAGUGAAAUAAGUCUUUGUUUUGCAGCAGUUAUUACGAGGUAAAUGGAAAUGCAGUAUUCAUAUUUCAUAUGUAAUCUAGCAGGAAUGUUUCCGCCGGGUUCAACUUUUUUGACAGGGCCCUCUGCGGUAAAUCAUUUUCUACCAUAUGAACUCCUGGGCCAUUCUUACAGUUCCAUUUAUGGUGCUCACAUCAUUAUACUUUAAAUGAUUGAAAAGAUUUGAGUUCAACAUCUGUCUCCAGAGUUUUACUGUCACUAUUAGUCAGCUGUUACAGGAACUAAUUCUUAAGUAGAAAGUAGUUCCAGUGAAUGCGUUCGACAGCGACUUCCAAGAAUUACGCCGAGUAAUAGGUACAUUGACUCUGGAGAGAGGUGUGACUCUUGAAUUUUUGAGUAUCUUUGUCUAAUGAGUGAUCCACCAAAAUCAAAAACCCAUUCAUCUCCAUUGUAUUUGGGUUGGCGGCAGAAACCGGAGACCAAAACAUCUGAUUGGCACAGUAAAUAACACUAGAGGUAAGUGAGAAAAUGUGUUUUUUGGUAAAUUGGGUGAACACCCCUUUGGCAUAUACAGUAUAAAAAUGUAGGGAAUUAGCCCAAGUUAUAUUUUUUCUCCCAAAUGACAAUGAGAUUUGUUGAUCCAAAGGGCGAUAACCUCAAAGCUCCUCUCUUCCCACUCUUUGGGGCCUGGUUGGUAAAUGUAACCACGCUGUGUGCACCUGGCCAACGUUACCCACUACAGGAUUUCUGUGUGUUCAAAUGCUUCCAUCUCACUGUCAAAGUGGCCCAGGGCAACUAGCGAAGCAUAUAAUGUUGCACCAAGGUUGCUUGCAUUCAACGUGUGGCAUCUAUGUAUAGUCCAAUCUACAGCACUGAGUCUGUUCUCGUCUCGUUCAAGAGUUGUAAACAGUCAAAGAUCCUUUCUCCAGUUGUAAUUCCCGUCCUCAGGCAGAAGAGCAGCUGUCUGUAGGAGUCUGUAUCUUCAUCGACUACACAUCAAGAUUUUCCUUUUACAGUGACAGUCAUGCCGUUUUGUUUGGUUUUUGUGUUCCUGGUGCUUUUAACGUUGGUUCCAAUCAAACAAUUUAAAGUAUUUGUAAAGUCUAUUUCCUACUUGACCCGGAAAGAAAAGAUACUUUCUUCAAAUAAAAAUGUUUGUAAAAAAAGUAAC